UUAAGGCUUCAAAUACAAUAUUUAUGUCAUUUUUAAAGUUUUCAAAUUUAGAGUUCUUAGAAUGUAACAAAACUCAUGUAAGAUUACAUUUGAUGCAGAAUAUUUUCAGAGUUUUGGGGAACACUGGGAUUGUAGGGUGCUUUUUGCAAGACCAAAUUGUACACCUAACUGGCAGACCAGUAAUGUAGUUGGGACUGUGUUCCUCUGAUUUCUGAACUGUCUCACUUCAGUGUUGUGGAGCUUCAUGAUUAUGUAGUAUGUAAUAUGUUCUGUUAUUGAGGAAUGUUGUUACUAACCAACCAUUCUUUUGUGUUGUGUUUACAGUUUUCUUCAUUGUUUAAUGAACUAAGAGAUCUUAGUGAAACACUCAAGAAGUCAGCCCAAUCCAAAACUACUGCUUCAUCUCAGAGACGAACAGCAGAAACCCAGCGACGCACUUAUUGUAAUGUCUUUCCUACAACCCGCAGACGCUCUGUUCGGAUCAGACGUUCUACAAGACUUAAACAACUGAAGAAUAAUUAUUAUGUUUGUGAUGAAGAAGAAGAAGAAGAAGAUGAUGAUGAAUGGGAUGAAGAUGAUUAUGGCAGUGAUAAUAAUCUGAGUGUGAAGAAACUUUUUUUUGUGCGUUUUCCAUGUCAAGAAAAGUUUAGAGUGAAAGUUGCCAGUAAUGAAGUUAUUGAUGUGUGGGAAGGAAGCGAGAGUGAGGAUCUGUCAGAUGAGGAAGAGCUGUUACCUCAGAGACAGAUCAAGAGACAUACAGCAGAAGUACCAAUUGUCCUCAGCCCUGAGGAGGUGACAGAAGAUGACAUCAAAAAUGUUGCCCAGAAAAGUGGAGGAAAGAUAUAUUCUUCAGAACGUGGUACAUGCUGUCAUCAAUGCAGGCAGAAAACAUUAGACACCAAAACAAUGUGUCGGUCUGGUAGCUGUGUGGGUGUUCGAGGCCAGUUCUGUGGACCAUGCCUCAAGAAUAGAUAUGGAGAGAAUGCAGAAAAGGCUUUGAAAGAUCCGGAUUGGGCUUGUCCACCAUGUCGUGGACUGUGCAACUGCUCCAUCUGCCGUACAAGAGAAGGCAAAAAACCGACAGGAAUUUUGGUUCCAUUUGUUAAAAGUGAAGGUUAUAGCAGUGUGAAAGAGUACCUGCAGUUUGAAGAAGACUGAGACAGUAUUAACAGAUAUGUAUGUAUAUUUACUCAUUGGUCAUGAUGCAUAUCUGUGCUCAAUUUAUCCUGUUGCCUUGUGUUAUUAUUAUAAUUGCUUUAUAAUAAUGUCUAGAUUUUAGAUGAGCAGACUGUGGAAGGAUAUUCUUCUCCACAUGUUUCUUUGGUCUUAAGUAAAAUUAAUUUCGUGUAAAUGCAGUAGAUAAUUAUCUUCAAGGCAGGGGCAAGAUGUUUUUGCGAACACUUUGUGUCCAUAGCUGAUUGCAUGCAGCAAUGGAAACAUUUUAGACAAAUUAUGGGUAUUAUAGAAGUUUGCUCCAUUUGCAAUAUAGCAUACAUUGUGUAAGUUGUACGUAACAUGUGUUUGCAAGGUACAAGCUGUGUUAGUUUAUUACAGGCCUCACCAUAGCUCAAGCGGUUAGUCGCUGGCUUCCCACCACGGCAGCCCAGGUUCAAUCCCUGGUCUGGUCAAGUG